AUACGUUGCGUUCUAGUCGCCAUUAAAAAUAACAACAGAAGAAGUCGAAGGCAUUACAUCUACGGAAUUUUGACGUCUUAAAACCUGAAAACCGUAAAAAUAACCCAAAGUGUACGGAAAGUACCAGAAGACUGUGUGUUUCAGGAAUGGUCUGAAGCAAUUGAGAGGUUGAGGCAGCCUCGUCAAUAGCUGUCACCACGGCGGGGGACCUACGAACCUCCGUCUGCAAGGUGGUCAUCUACCUCCAGAGGAACAUGUCUGGGGAGCGCUGCCCACCACAGAAACAUAGCCAGGAUGAUCCCACCUCUCCACAUCCCCUUGUGUUUUGUCCCAAGACCAAAACCUGUGGUUACCGGGGAGCAGUGACUCUGGGCAACAAGUAUGUUCGACUCAAUGUUGGAGGAAUACUCUUUUUCACCCCGCUGCAGGUGCUCACCAGCCAGAACUCCCUGCUGGGAGCCAUGUUCGGUGGAAAAACGGAAGUCUUCACUGAUAAGGAAGGUUGGGUCCUGAUCGACCGGAGCGGAAAACACUUCAACAGUAUCCUGAAUUAUCUGCGUGAUGGUACUGUCACCUUACCCAAAGGUCGUCAGGCUGUCCAGGAGCUGCUGGCUGAGGCAAAGUACUACCUCAUCCAGGGCCUUGUAGAGCUCUGUCAAAAUACUCUGCAGGGCAAUAAAGAGCAACCUAUGUGUGUUAUACCUGUAAUUACUUCCUGUAAAGAAGAGGAGCAGCUCGUCCAGUCAUCCUCAAAGCCUGUAGUGAAGCUGUUGUACAACAGAAGCAACAACAAGUACUCCUAUACCAGCAACUCGGACGAUAACCUGCUGAAGAACAUCGAGCUGUUUGACAGGCUGUCCCUCAGCUUCAACAGCCGUGUCCUCUUCUUUAAAGACGUGAUCGGAGACGAGAUCUGCUGCUGGUCCUUCUAUGGUCAGGGUCGCAAGCUGGCAGAAGUCUGCUGCACCUCCAUCGUCUACGCCACAGAGAAGAAGCAGACCAAGGUGGAGUUCCCUGAAGCUCGCAUCUAUGAGGAGACUCUGAACACGUUACUUUAUGAGACCUUGCCACUGCCAGACAACUCCCUACUGGAGGCCACCCGGCGAAGCUACAAUAACUGUGGUUCUCUAAGCGAGGAAGAGGAGGGGCCCGGGGGGACGGAGCUACGCGAGCGUGUCCGCAGAAUCCACAUCAAGCGGUACAGCACGUAUGAUGACCGUCCACUGGGACACUGAGACUCAAAACCCACCGUGCUGCUACUUUUAUUCCAGCAUUACAGUUGGUCCUUAGUUCCUCGAUGAGAUGACGAGCAGGUUGUGAGCUCGACGUAACUGCUUCCUCAUGUCAACUUCUGCACUUUGUCCUUCAUUAUCAAAGACUCUACAGCAAUUACUCUAUAAUUUUUCAGACUAUGUCUUUAAUUUCAUGUAAAGGAUGAAAAAUCUCACUAUUAUGUAUUAUUGCACCCGUUACAUCAGCAGGAAAGCAUAUAUUUUAAAUGUAUUUUUUUAAACACAGUAACACAAUCAGUGGUGGUUUCUGAUAUGGGCAAUAUGGGCCACCGCACAGAGGAUCUGAAAGUCAAAUCCCCCAUCCCCCUCCCCACUCAUCAACAACUUCAUUGAGGGGCGGAACACAAAAGGCAGUUCGCCAAACAGAUUAGGACAGCCUCUGAGCAAAAUUAAACAUGUCCCAGUUGAUCUAGAACUGUUCCUGUGCCUUUAAUACACUGUAAUGCUGCUCAAGAUACUGCUUUAUACUUGUUAUGAAUAUUAAAACUCUUUUUUAUCUCA